AUGGCCUGCAAGUACAAGGUUCUCUUCCUGCUGAGCCUCUCGCUUUCAUGCCUCGGUGACUCUUUACUUGGACACAGGAACCCUCUCCGCGACUCAGAGGAAACGUUGACGUCGGCGAAGGGAACAUUUCAGGAGGACACGAUCAAUAGUUUGCCUGUGUUGGACGUUACACAGUGUCAAAACCUUCAGCCAAGAGGUCCGAUAGAAGCUACUUCAUGCGACUAUGAAACCGUGGACUAUGUCAAGAACGCGUUGUAUGAAAGUUUGAAAGGCUUGGUGAAGAUACCCUUCUUCCGAUAUAUUCAGAUGGACAUGUAUCGAGGGUGUCCAUUUUGGGAGGAGAGUGCAAUGUGUACAGAGCCGACGUGUUCGUUAGACACUGUUGAUGAGCAAGAAAUACCCGAUAGAUGGAGGAUGAAGACGUUAAGCAAGGUUGAUCAUGUCACAAAUUACGACAAGUUAGCAGGAUGUUACUAUCGCGACUCAGAUUUUUGUUACCUAGAAGACCCUAAAGUUGGCGAUUAUUUUGAUUUAUCGCAAAUUCCGGAACGGUAUACAGGAUACACAGGAGAAGGGGCUCGACAAAUAUGGCGCUCGAUAUACGAGGAGAACUGUUUCUCUCCAUCAUCACUUCAGUCUUCCUCCGAUCUUCUGAAUGAAGCGCAGACAUGUUUGGAAGAACGUGUGUAUUACAAGGUCAUAUCCGGUCUUCACGCUUCCAUCUCAACUCACAUCUGUCUGGACUAUCUGAACCAUACGACUGGAGAAUGGACUCCGAACCUCAAUUGUUACAUUACACGCGUUGCGUCUUAUCCGGAGCGCCUAGAAUAUAUUUACUUCAAUACGGUGUUACUUCUUCGGGCAGUUGCGCGUCUAGGACCUCAUCUUUUCCUAUACGACUACGCCGAGGGAGCCGAUAGUGCAGCGGUAGCAUUGCGCCUAAACAACGUUCUGGGUAUUGCUCAUGAGGCGGGUAAAUUUGACGAAAAGGCUUUGUUUGGUGGUAUCAAUGCCCAGGCAUUAAAAGAAGAGUUUAAGCACCACUUCCGCAACGUUACGCGCAUCAUGGAUUGCGUUGAUUGUGAUCAGUGUCGAUUGUGGGGCAAAGUGCAGACUAUGGGUCUUGCUACUGCAUUGAAAGUUCUGUUUGAGCUCGAUGAAACUUCCUUGAGUCGUUCACCCGAUGCCAACCCCCUUCAACGUUCAGAGAUUGUUGCGCUCUUCAACACGCUUCAUAGAUUUAGUGAAAGUUUACAUGCUGUCGAUAUCUUCCGCCGUUUAGCAAGGCAGAACGAUGCGUCGGAAAAUGAUGGAAUCGAGCCUGCUUUCAAAUACCAGGGCUUCCAGGAGGAUCUUCCGAACACCACUGCUGAAGCAUCUCGAAGGAGAGUGGAGGGAUUGAUUCAGUUCUGCAAGGAAACUACUGCGGGAUGUAUCGGUGCUGCGAGUAGUAUCUGGUCUCGAGGGAUCCAAUCUCUCGAGUCCUUAUUUGCGACUCGUAUAGAUGAUGAGCUAUGA